AUGAAGAGGACUUGUAGAGGUACUACUGAGGCUUCAUCAUCUCGACCUAAUAAACAGCGUCCCACAGCCUCAACGAGGAGACAGAGAAGGGCUCCCCAAAAUCACUUUGAGGAUACUACAGAGGUUGAAGAUGUAGCUUCUACUCAUGAUAGUAAUGUUGACUCAGAGGUUGAAGAUGUAGCCGCUACUCAUGAUACAACUGCAAUUUGGAAUAACCAAGAACGUGAGCCCCUUAGGUGCAUGUCGAAGACAUCUACCCUUCGUGAAUGGAAUUGGUGGGGUAAUCCAAAUAAUGGUAUAUUCAAAGGGUACAUUCAGAGGUCUGGAUUAGAGAAACUUAUUAGGUGUUCUUCUCAGAAUGCAGAUAAGAUUGUGGUAUCUACAUUCGUUGAGAGGUGGAAUCCCGAAACAAACACCUUUCACAUGCCUUUUGGUGAGAUGACCAUCACAUUGGAUGAUGUGUCCUCUAUUUUAGGCAUUCAUGUGUCUGGUGCAGCGAUUGCUCCGCUUGAAGAUGAUAACGACACAAAUUUCGAGUUGUUAGUUAAUUACUUAGGAGUGACUGAUGAAGAGGCUACUGAACAAUUGCACCAAUACAGUGAUGAGUACACUGGCACGAGAGUCCAAAUUGUGUACUUUAGACUACUUAGAGGCCUUGAUAGUGUUGCUGGUUAUUCAUGGGGUUUUGGGUGCUUAGCAUGGUUGUAUAGACAAUUAGGCCAAGCUUCGAGGUCUAAGAUGAAGAAGAUUGCUGGAUACAUGACUUUGCUGGAGGCAUGGGUGUAUGUGCAUAUGUAUGGUGUUGUUAUCCCUGAUCAUGACCUUGAUUAUUUAGAGGUCCAGCCUCGUGCACUUUGUUAG